UUAGGUCUUGAAGGAGAAGGGUUACAAGUUUAUGUUAAGAAUAUAAACUUGGAAAAUACAUGGAAUAUAGGAAAUUGAGUAGAGUAGAAUCAGAAAUCAUUUCGUAUAGUAAGAAUAUACUCUCAGUUGGAACUGUGGAAGGCCCGGAUCCGAGAGAAGUUGAGCUGUAUUUGGAAGAGAUCUUGGCAUUGAUAGAAUUGGGCGAGCAGUACACAGGGUUCAUGGUUCGGGAAUUGAGAUCCGUUGAUCCUGAAUUGUGUCCACGGGCGACAAAAGCAUUUAGAAAUGGAAGUUUUAGUAAAGUUGUUCAAGAAAUUACUGGGUUUUAUGUGAUUCUGGAGGAAUUCUUUAUGGUGGAAAAUGUGAGGAAGGCAAUAAAGAUUGACGAGCACGUGCCUGAUAGCCUCACUACUUCUACGGUUGAUGAUGUGUUCUAUGUUUUGAAGAGUAGCUGUACAAGGGCUAUCAGAACUUCAAGUAUGAAUUCAUUACUUGCUAUUCUCAGCGGCACAAUGAAUUUGUUAAGCAAUGAGUAUCAAGAAGCUUUGCAACAUAAAAUGAGAGAACCAAAUCUUGGUGCCACGCUGUUUCUUGGUGGUGUUGGUGUACAAAAGAUAGGAACUGAGAUUGCAACAGCUCUAAAUAACAUGGAUGUCAGUGGUGAACAUGUCCAGAAACUACAACAUUGUAUUGAGGAGCAAUGUGUAGAGGUUUUCCCUGCACCAGCUGACCGAGAAAAAAUUAUAUCUUGUUUGUCUGAAUUAGGGGAGAUGAGCACCGGUUUUAAGCAAGCUCUAAAUGCUGGCAUGGAGCAACUGAUCUCUACUGUGACUCCUCGAAUCCGUCCUGUGCUGGACAUAGUGGGAACAGUUAGCUAUGAGCUCUCUGAGGCUGAAUAUGCAGAAAAUGAGGUGAACGACCCCUGGGUUCAGAAGCUCCUCCAUGCUGUGGAAACAAAUGCAACAUGGCUCCAGCCUACAAUGACAUCAUCCAACUAUGACUCUUUUGUUCAUCUCAUUAUUGACUUCAUUGUUAAGAGGUUGGAAUUGAUUAUGAUGCAGAAGAAGUUCAGCCAACUCGGUGGUCUUCAACUGGAUAGAGAUGCUAGAGCACUAGUGAGCCAUUUCUCUGGUAUGACUCAGAGAACCGUCGGAGACAAGUUCGCUCGGCUUACCCAGAUGGCAACUAUCCUUAACCUGGAAAAGGUUUCUGAGAUUUUGGAUUUCUGGGGGGAGAAUGCAGGACCCAUGACUUGGAGACUAACUCCAGCUGAGGUGUUACAGAUUGAUAAAUUCAGAGAUUAUACCCUGUAUCCUUUCUGAUGAAUGACAUAUGGAUUCGGCGGUAGAGUUGCUUAUAUCUUGAAAAGCUAUCAAGUUUCCCUCUUUCCACAAAAACCAGACAAUAGUCACAGGCAACACUUACAGCACCAAAGCACUUCGACCCGAAGCUCUCAUAUGAUCAGUGUUCUUUCCAACUUGAAACACAAUGAUUGUCCCCAAUGAAAUCGCCACUCUCGUUUACACAUAUUGUCUUGUGCUGUCUUGUGCUCUAUCUCCACUCAGAUCCUGAAUUAUCUCAAUACUUUCAGAAUUGGAGUGUCCAAGACAAGCAAACACCAUCAUUAUACAACACGGAUUUUCGCGAAAACCACUUGCAAAAUUCACAACUCAACAACAAAAUUGCACCUAUUAGAGAUGAAGUAUACAAAAUAAGGAAUAUUUGAGCUUCAUCAGUAUCUCUAUAUAAUGCUUCUCCACCCUUCUACCAAGUUGA